AAAAUGGUAUUAAUAUUGAUAGCAAAUAUGAAAAUAUUCCUACUUCAUUAGAUAAAGAAGACCAAAUUAAUAAGAUAUUACUAAAAAUAGUCAUAUGUUGUAAUUUAUCUUUUACUAUUAUUGAGCAUCUAUUUUUUCAAGAAUAUACCAAAGCCCUUUAUGCUACCUAUUCUAUUUCAAGUUAUUGGGUUUUAUCAAACAUUCUUUUAGAUCAAGAGCUU